UAAUCAUUAUAUUCACGGAAUUUAGACAUGUUUCAAAAAGCUGAGAGAAAUUUGUGUGCAAGGAAUGAAGAUUCUGCAUUCUUCCUCCUUCAGUGAAUAAAUGUCAUUCCUUGCUAAGGAGCCAACCAAAAUAUCCACUUGAACAGAUGUCAAGAAUACAGAGCCAAACAUUUCCAUGGAUGAUAACUUAAGCAUGACUCAAGAGCAACCCUCCAAGAAAGGCCUUUGUUCAGUCCGACAUGGGCUGGCCUUCAUCUUGCAACUCUGCAAUUUUUCAAUUUCUACACAACAAAUGAGCUUGAGCAUUGCUAUCACUGCUAUGGUAAACAAUACAGCAACCAGCAUCCAGCCCAAUGCUUCCGUAGAAAGACCCUCCACAGACUACUCCCAGGACUACUGGAAUGAAACACGAAAGGAAUUUAAGGCAGUGGCCCCUACAUAUGACUGGAGUCCAGAAAUCCAGGGGAUCAUCCUGAGCUCUCUCAGUUAUGGCUCAUUAUUGGCUCCAAUCCCUACUGGCUAUGUGGCUGGAGUAUUUGGAGCCAAGUAUGUUGUUGGUGCUGGCUUGCUCAUUUCCUCAGUUCUGACGCUCUUCCUUCCACUGGGCGCUGAUGCUGGAGUGGCUCCAUUUAUUGUUCUUCGGGUCAUCCAAGGCAUAGCCCAGGUUAUGGUAUCAACAGGUCAGUAUUCAAUUUGGGUCAAAUGGGCUCCGCCAACGGAAAGAAGUCAACUCACCACCAUUGCUGGAUCAGGGUCAAUGCUGGGGAUCUUCAUUGUUCUCAUUGCCGGUGGUCUCCUCUGCCAGGCCAUAGGAUGGCCUUAUGUGUUCUAUAUCUUUGGUGGCAUUGGCUGUGCCUGUUGCCUUCUCUGGUUUUCUCUCGUUUAUAAUGAGCCCAAGAAUCAUCCCUUUAUCAGCUUUAGUGAGAAGAGCUACAUCUUGAGUUCACUGGCUCAACAGGAUAGCUUUCCAGACUGGUCUCUUCCCAUCAAAGCUAUGGUCAAAUCCCUACCACUUUGGGCUGUUAUAGUAUCAUAUUUCUGUCAAUACUGGCAGUUUUCUACUAUGAUGGCAUACACACCUACAUAUUUCAGUACUGUACUUGAAGCCAAUGUCAGAGAUAGUGGCAUCCUGUCAGCCCUGCCAUUUAUUACUGGCUGUGUCUGUCUUAUUCUUGGAGGUCUAUUGGCAGAUUUUCUUUCCUCUAGAAAAAUCCUCAGACUUAUUACCGUCAGGAAACUCUUCACUGCUAUAGGGGUUCUCCUCUCUGCUGUGGUCCUCUUGAUUCUGCCCUGGGUUAAAUCCAGCUUCAGUACCACCGUGGCCCUCUUGGUAUUGUCUUCUUCCUUCAGCAGUCUCUGUGAUUCAGGAGCCCUUAUUAACUUCCUGGACAUUGCUCCUCGAUAUGGUGGCUUUCUCAGGGGACUAAUGCAAAACUUUGCUUAUAUAUCUGGAGCCAUCUCUCCUACUGCUACUGGAUUUUUCAUUAGUCAGAUUUCUGCCUCCUGAAUACCUACGAUUUCAGGAUUCAGAGUGGGGUUGGAGAAAUGUCUUCAUAGUUGCAACUGCUAUUAAUGUCUCAGGCCUGAUCUUCUUCCUCAUCUUCGGCCAAGCAGAAGUACAGCACUGGGCUAAAGAGCAGACAAGCACCCAUUUCUGAGCAAACAGAGAGAUGUGUGAAA